UCUUUCCAAGGUGCCGGAGAUGACUUCUAAAAUAGUGGAGUCUUGCUUAAUACAGAGCCCUUCAUUCUUUCGUCUUCACUAAAAGGAAGAGGAGACUCUUGGUCUUGAGUGGCAGAGUCCUUCAACAGCCUUGGGGAAGAAAGGCAGCACUUUGGUUUCAUGUAGCCCCAUAUCAGCAACUGGCACAAGGCACUUGUCUGUAUUUGACACUUCGCCCAGCUUACAGAACCAUGUCUUUAAAUACUCUUCUUGGAACUGUUCUGAAUUGUUCUCAGAUAGAUAUCCUUUUAAUGCUUCCACAAAGUAAUUUUAAGAAAAUUUAAUUUACUUUGCAGCUCUGUAGGUCACAGAAUUCGCAUGUCUUGUUAUCAAUAGUGGCUGAGGCUAAGAUAUUGGAGGGAUUUUGGUGCUUGUUUCUUGAAUGAGCAUUCGAAAUGGGGACUUCUGACUAUAGCUUCCAAAAGUUCCAGCUUCUGGAUCCUUUCUUUUAGUAUCAUGGCGUCCAGAAGCUUUCUUUGAGCUUCAUCAUGCACUUCUCAGCCUGUGGCAUUUACCUUCUCCUUGGUGGGAACUAUUUUUUUCCAUCUCAUCCCAUUUCUCAUGCAGUGUGCAGUUCAUUGUGGGACUCCCCUUUGCAGAACCCUCUCCUCUUUGUUGUUGGCUGCUUGUUGUGUACAGGUGGAAAUGGAAAGUAGCCCUGGAAUAGCCUGGUCACUUAAUGCUGCUGUGAAAGCCACAGAGAGAGGUGGACAAGAGUUCGACAGACUCAAGCAGUGCUGGGGGAAAUCCCUGCCAAAGGUUGCUUUUCCUCUUGGUUCACAGACCAGUCCAGAAGAAGGAUGAGGAGAAGAAGAAACUCUGAAAACACACAAGUUGCAGCUUCUGGCUGUUUCAUGAAGGAAUAGUCAAAGCAGCUUGUGGCAGCCUGUGUGGGCCACACUUCAGCUGGGGUCUCUGGGUUGCAACAGGACUGAGCUGCUUCAUUCUCUGCACCUGAUGUGUUCCUGCAGUAGCAGCUGUGGCACAAAGACAGCUUCGUGCUCAGAACCAAGUCCUGAAAAAAGGAGUUGUAGAUGAGCAGGCAAACUCUGCCUCACUGAAGGAACAACUGAAGAUGAAGGAUCAAUCUCUGAGGAAACUGCAACAAGAAAUGGACAGCUUAACCUUUCGAAAUCAGCAGCUUGCCAAGCGAGUGGAGCUACUUCAAGAUGAACUUGCAUUAAGUGAGGCUCGAGGCAAAAAGAACAAGAAAAGUGUAGAAUCCUCAUCUCACCUGAGUCAAGAACAGAAAAGUGUCUUCAAUGAAGAUCUUCAGAAGAAAAUAGAAGAAAAUGAACGACUGCAUAUACUUUUCUUUGAAGCAGAUGAGCAGCACAAACGUUUGGAAGCAGAGCUGAGGAGUAGACUGGAGGUUUUGGAAACGGAUGCUGCCGAGCACCAAGCUGUGGUGGACAGCUUAACGAAGAAAUACACAGAGACCAUAGAAAAGCUGCAGAAUGAUAAAGCCAAAUUAGAAAUCAAGUCUCAGACACUAGAAAGAGAAGCUAAGGACUGUAGGCUUCGAACUGAAGAAUGCCAGCAACAGCUAAAGAAUCUUCAAGCAGCUUUGGGCAGUAGACUGGAAGAAUCUCUAUGCAUAAUUAAUGAAAAAGUACCUUUUAAUGACACAAAUCAGCUGAAAUGCAGAGGAUCCCCUGGAGUUAGGAGUGCUCAGCCUUUGCAUGGCUUUGGUACAAGCAUGGGAUCUACUCGAUACAAUGCUCUGAAUGUACCAUUGCACAACAGAAGGAAUCAGCUGAAGCUGCGAGACCUUGCUGGCCAGGCCAUGGCUUUUGUCCAAGAACUUGUAACAGCUCUCCUGAACUUCCACACGUACACUGAGCAGAAGGUACAGAUCUUCCCCGUUGAUUCUGCAACAGACACAAUAUCACCCUUAAAUCAGAAGUUCUCACAGUAUCUCCAUGAAAACGCUUCCUACGUUCGCCCUCUGGAGGAAGGAAUGCUGCACUUGUUUGAGAGCAUCACGGAGGAUACUGUGACAGUCCUGGAAACAACUGUGAAAUUGAAGGCCUUCUCAGAACAUUUAGCUUCCUAUUUAGGCUUUUUAAGAAAGAUUCUUCCUUAUCAAUUAAAAAGUUUGGAAGAAGAGUGUGAGUCUUCUCUUUGCACAGCUGCUUUAAGAGCUAGAAAUAUGGAGCUGCACAGAGACAUGAAAAGGUUGACUGCAGUCUUUGAGAAGCUACACACAUACGUCAGUCUUCUGGCCUUACCAAGUACAAGACCAGAAGGACUCCUUAGGACAAAUUAUGACUUUGUGUUUACAAACAUUGCUGCAAGUCUUCAUGGAUUCCAUGACAUUUUAAAAGAUAUUUCCAAGCACUAUAGCCAGAAAGCUGCUUUAGAACAGGAAGUUCCAACUGCCACACAGAAACUCAUAACUACAAAUGACUGUAUUUUAUCCUCUGUUGCUGCUUUAACAAAUGGAGCAGGCAAGAUGGCCUCGUUCUUUAGCAACAACUUGGAUCACUUCACCACCUCGUUGAGCUAUGGCCCUAAGGGAGGAGCAGAGUUCAUCAGCCCUCUCUCAGCUGAGUGCAUGCUGCAGUACAAGAAGAAGGCAGCUGCCUACAUGAAGUCCUUGAAGAAGCCUUGUGCAGAUUCAGUGCCUUAUGAAGAGGCUUUGUCCAAUCGCAGAGUUCUCCUGAGUUCUACAGAGAGCAGGGAAGGUCUUGCACAGCAGGUCCAGCAGAGUUUGGAGAAAAUUGCAAAACUUGAACAAGAAAAAGAGCACUGGAUGUUGGAGGCCCAGCUAGCUAAAAUAAAGCUAGAGAAAGAAAACCAGAAACUGAAGAACUCUCUUACUGGACAUUUAACUGAAACUAUCCAGGAGCGUUCAGUUUUGCCAAAUAUAGCAGAACAAAAGAAGGAAACCACAGAAAAGAGUCUGAAGGAACCUAUUAAGAGCACCAGUCUGAUUGGAAUGUUGACUGUAACUACUGAUAAUGAAAAGGCUCCAGAUGUUGAGUCUCGUGAAGACCUGAUAAAAACUCACUACAUGGCCAGGAUAGCAGAACUGACCUCUCACCUGCAGCUUGCUGACAGCAAAUCAGUGCACUUCCAUGCUGAGUGUCGAGCACUUGCCAAAAGACUUUCUCUGGCAGAGAAGUCCAAGGAAUCUCUCACGGAAGAGUUGAAGCUCGCCAGUCAAAACAUCACCAGAUUACAGGAUGAAUUGAUGACAACAAAGAGGAGCUACGAGGACCAGUUAAGCAUGAUGAGUGACCAUCUGUGCAGUAUGAAUGAAACCUUGACUAAGCAAAGGGAAGAGAUUGAUACACUAAAGAUGACCAGUAAGGGAAAUUCUAAAAAGAACAAAAAUCGAUAGUUUACAGCUGAGUCUUUGGAAGCUGCUGCUGCACAGGAUGCAGAUAGUGACCAUUCAUUAUCCAGUUCCUGUUUGUUCUAGGAAGCAGAGGCUGGUAUUGGGUCUAGUAAAAACUGAAUUGGUGCUGUAAAUGGCUUUUAAAAUAUUUAGAACUUGUAACAGAUAAAAUAGACCUUAAUGUUGGCUCUAAAACAGGAAAUACACCCACUAUGGAUAAUUUAUAUAGUAAUUACCUUCAGUUUUUACUGUGCACUUUUUAAAACCAGGUUUUGAUUUCAUGUAACAACUUCAGAUUUUGUAUAUUUUCAAAUAUGUUUCUGCAUUAACAAGUUUGGAUUGGUGCAGUAGGUGUCUGUUUUUGAGUUCUACAUGUAAUGAUCAGCACAUGUACAUUCCAUUACUUGUUAAUUACAGUUUAAAAAUGAAUUUGGAGACUUUUUGGCUGUGCAAGCUGUGCAGUUACUGUAAUGUAUUACUCCUUUUCUAAGCCCUCUAGAAUUAAUUGGAAUUGUGGUUUGAAAUGAUUUUUACAAAUUCACCAAGUAAAUGGGAUCAUUGUUAGACUGCAGCAGUGGAAACCUUUCCUGCUUGUAUCUGGCACUUUGGAUUUUGAGGUAAAGAGCACAAAUAGCUGAAUUGGGCUACUUCAGUGAAAGUGUUUUAAGCCAUUUCUGUAACAUUUUGUUUACACAUGUAUGUGUAUAUAUAUAUAUAUAUAUAUAUAUAUAUAGGUUGAAAUAGCUGUUUAAGGCCAGAGGAAACUGAGAUUGUCAUUUGCCCCAAAAGAGUGAAACAAUGUGUGUAGAAUAGAUCAGCUUAUUGUGCUCUCUUACAGUAAAGAAGAAAUAUGUAGAAGAUUUAAACACUGAAUUUGCAAAAGGUCUUAAUGGAAUUGAGUUGUGAUGGAUUCACUGGGGGGGAUUCACAUGGCUUUUCCUGUUUUCAGAAGUUUGUGAACUUAAGGCCUCUCCUAAGAUUUUUAAUUUUUUAUUUUUUCAAGUGAAAUUUAAUAUCACAAGUUUUCACAGCAUUGAUUUGUUGUUAGGGGGUGAGAUUUGUUUGUGUUAGGUUGGGGUUUGUUUUGGUUUUUUGGUUGUAUUUUUUUGGUUGGUUGUUUUUUUUGUUUUUUUUUUUUUUUAAUCAGAUGCAGUGCUGCUCCACACUUUCCACACCAAUCUUCUGUUCCAUAAUUUCCAUUAUGGCACUUAUUUGUCCCACAGGGUUUACUCUGAUAUCAGAUGUGUUGAAAUGUAUUCUCAGUAUGUAAUAAUAAAAUCAACCACAUGAAACCA